UCAUCGCACGUAACGUUACCUAUUGAACGUAACGUUACUUUACGCACACUGGAUGAACGGAGGCAGAGACCCGGUCGAGGACUCGAUGAUGAUGCUUACACCGGCUCAGAAGGGCUUUCUCUCGGGGUUUAUUUGCCAGACAGCAGCAGUUUGGGCUCCGGUACUGGUGUAAAAUGCACUGGAACAGACCGGGUGUGCUGGUCGGCCUAGCUGAUCUCGGCUGCUCGGCUUCGCCUCUCACAUAUUUAUUCUAGUACUUUUUGAUUGUAGCGUUUAUUAUUUCCAGGUCAAAAAAAAUCAGUUUCCUGUGCGGCUUGUUUGUACUAAAAAAAAUGGCCGGAGAUGGCGGCACUCUGAAGGAUAUCAAUGAGAUUAAAUCCCAGUUCCGGACCAGAGAGGGCUUCUACAAGCUGCUCACCCUCUCGGACUCGCAGCAGCGGGGCGGACUGCCGCGGGCCAACUCCUCUCCAGCGGGCUUCCUGCCGCCCGUCCGGGUCUCUAUGGUCAAGCUGCAGCCCGAAGACCCGAGCGAGGACUCGGAGAGGGUGUGCUUCAACAUCGGCAGGGAGCUGUAUUUUUACACGUACACCAACAUCAAGAAGGCUGUAGACCUCAGUAAGCCGAUAGACAAGAGGAUCUACAAGGGGACUCAGCCAACAUGUCACGACUUCAACCAGUACUCUGCCACAGCGGAGAGUGUAGCUCUCAUCGUGGGUUUCUCUGCCGGACAGGUCCAGUAUCUCGACCCCAUCAAGAAGGAGACCAGUAAACUCUUCAAUGAGGAGAGGUUGAUAGACAAAUCCAAGGUCACAUGUCUAAAAUGGCUUCCCAAGUCUGAGAACCUGUUCCUGGCCUCCCAUGCCAGCGGCCACCUCUACCUCUACAACGUGGACCACUCGUGUGGCACCACGGCCCCGCAGUACUCUCUGCUGCGGCAGGGAGAAGGCUUCACCGUCUACGCCUGCAAGACCAAGACGCCGCGCAACCCGUUGUUACGAUGGGCCGUGGGCGACGGAGGCCUCAACGAGUUUGCUUUCUCCCCGGAUGGCGUGCAUGUGGCAUGCGUGGGCCAGGACGGCUGCCUGCGUGUCUUCCACUUUGACUCGAUGGAGCUGCAGGGGGUGAUGAAGAGCUACUUCGGCGGGCUGCUGUGUGUGUCCUGGAGCCCCGAUGGGAAAUAUCUCGCCACCGGCGGAGAGGAUGACCUGGUUACUGUCUGGUCAUUUGCAGAGAGCCGCGUGGUUGCAAGAGGUCACGGCCACAAGUCCUGGGUCAACGUGGUGGCGUUUGACCCCUUCACGACUUCCCUGGAGGACGAGGAGCCGAUGGAGCUCAGCGGCAGCGAGGAGGACCUCCACCAGGGAGCGCCAAACAACUCCAUGCACUUCGGCCGGGUCCGAACGAGCAGCACGUUGUCGCGUCUCUCUCGGCACAGCUCUAAAGGUGGCGGUUCGGCGUCGGUCACGUACCGCUUUGGCUCGGUGGGCCAGGACACCCAGUUCUGUCUGUGGGACUUGACAGAUGACGUCUUAUACCCACGGCUGCCGCUGUCCCGCGCCUUUACUAACACUUUUGGGCCCUCGCUGUCCAACUCGGGCAGCGGGGGGGUCAACAGUACCUCAGUUGGGGGCGGAGGUGCAACGGUUGAGGGGCACCAUCAUCCGCCUAACACGAACACCGGCACCACCAACCCUCCAACCCUCCCCUUACCGCUUCCUCGCUCCCUGUCCCGCUCCAACUCUCUGCCCCACCCUGCCGUGGCGAAUGUCUCCAAGGGCCAGGGCGCCUCGGAGGGCGGCGGGGGAGGCGGGGGAGGCGGGGGGAGCAGCGGAGGAGGAAACAGCACCCCGUUCAGCAUCGGCCGCUUCGCCACGCUGUCCCUCCAGGAGCGCAAGUCGGACAAGUCCGGGUGCAGCAGCGGGGUGGAGAAGGAGCACAAGAGGUACCACAGCCUGGGCAACAUCAGCAAAAGCAACGAUAAGAUCAACGUGGCGCCGAGGAGCAACCGGCUGGACGCCGCCAAGGUCCUGGGCACCACGCUGUGCCCACGCAUGCACGAGGUGCCCCUGCUGGAGCCGCUGGUGUGCAAGAAGAUCGCACACGAGAGGCUGACAGUCCUGGUGUUCAUGGACGACUGCAUCAUCACCGCCUGCCAAGAGGGUCUCAUCUGCACCUGGGCGCGGCCGGGGAAGGCGAACUUGACAGCACAGAACGGGAACUCUCCGAGCGGCACGGUGGUAUAGCUGGAGGAGAAGCUUUGCACUCAUCCCUCCCUCCCUCCCUCCCUCCAUCUCUCCACCGAUCCUGAAAUAUGUCAAGCUAAGGGCCAACAACCAGCCACUGUACCCUACCUACCACUGCAGUAUUAAACCGCCAGUAUAACCCUCCGUACCCGACACCACCCACACCCUUGGCCCUACGGAUUUCGCUCACAUGUCGGCCAGUUCGGUGGGAAACACUUCCCGAAUCGUCAAACUUUAGGGAGGCUUUCCCACCUUGUGGGAAGUUUAUCUCUGAUGCUUCGCCUCCCCCCUGCCCGUCUCACCUCACCCCUCCGUGAUUCUCCGCAGAAAGACCUGCAUCAAACAAACGGAGAUUGUCUCUCCUCCUGGUCUGCAGCCCUGAAGCACCAAGGAGCGAGGCUCCAUCCGUCUCACAUCUGAUCCCUCCCGUUGUCCCAUUCAUGCAAAAGACACAGCAAAAGCCACGGCCGUUGUAUUUAAGUUAUUUAUUUUAUCAAUGUGUAAUAAUUUAUAAUGUAAAUACUGAAAAUACUCUACGAAUAUGAAAAAGGACAAACGUGUAUGGAAAUGAUGACUCGACGACAAGGAAGGGGAAAAAAACGGAAAGAUGAAGAAUAUUAAUAUAUGAAGAUCCUUCUAUUGUACAUGGCAACCACAAGUAAAAAAAAAAAAAAAAAAAAAGAAAAAAGUGAACAUCUGCUGUUUUAGGGAACUUGAAGAUGUCAAUGGGUUUUUAUUUAGUGUGUCCAGUUUGUCCCUGAAAGCAAGCUGGCGGAAGCAUUUUCGGGUCCAGUGGGACUCCUUUUAGAGAGACGAGUCGAGCACAGAGAGGCUGCUGGCUGUACAGCUGACUGACCGAGUUAAUGGCUCUGAAUAAUGUUAAUUCUCCUGGACAAACAGCGACUUAAUGAAUAACGAACACACAUACACACACACACUCUUGCACAUUCCCUACGUAAAGCAGGCUCACACACACACACACACACACACACUGUUGCACAUUCCCUACAUAAAGCAGGCUCUCACACACACACACACACACACACACACACACACACAUUCCCCUCAAGGUGUAGCAUCACAUAUACUGUAUCUUCAUUCCUGUUGCACCUGAAUUGCCUCUUGCAAGAAUUUGCACAUACAAUAAAUCCACAGUCCAUCCUUAGCUGCCUGAUGAGUGACUUAAGGGAUGUUAUUGUCUUGUCUGAUCUAACUCCUGUCCCAGGGUUCAAAAUUAGCACCAUUUGCCAGCCAAAUGCUGGUAAAAUAUGCAAGUGGCUGGUAGAUUUUCUUUACCCACCAAUCAAAAAGAACACUGGUGAUCUAUUGAGUGGCUGGUUAAAUGUAAUCAUUCACUAGCCCUUUGGCUGCUGGAUGAAAAAGUACAUUUUGAACUGCCCUGUGCAGAAAAAGCUCCCUCCUUUCACUGGAUAUGUUGGGUGGCAGAGGAUUGAAAAGGUGUACAUCUUCUACGUCAAGAUUUGGAUUUCUUUUCUUUUUCUUUUGAUUCUGCUUAUCGAAUUCCAGUGCUUAUUGAGUCUUUGCUCAGAUUCCUGAAAUAUUUCAUUAAGAAAAGAAAGCAAAAAUAUGUUUGACGCAAAAAACGCCUAUUUUUUUUUAUUUUUUUGUUUGCAGAUUCUGGGCUGCCUGCCAUAAACCUGCCAAAAAGGUGUUUUGUGAUUAUUUUUUGAUUAAAAGGUAAAAUAAAGAUAAAAGUAUUCUUUAAUAAGUUUUUGCCGUUUUAAAUUUGUUUUGACUGGAGUCUGACGUGCAAAGAUUAGCUGAUUUUGAGGCAUUAUAAACAUGACAGGUAGACAUAAAAAAACAAAAAACUCUUCUACUUCCUGGCCUAAUAAUCACACGGAAUGUUUUCUCUUUAACUUCAUUACUCAUUCGGACAUUGUGUUGUUGUUUUUCAGACUGGUCUGGUCACAUGUCUUUUUUAUUUUAUUUUCUCCACACAGUGGCUGCAGUGGUGGUUUAUAAGAGCAGUUCAUUUUUUUUCUCACCUUUCCCAAUUUUAGAGUUUUCAGCGACUGUCUGUCAGUUUGAACAGACAGUCAUGGUUCUUAGAGAAGGCAUCCUACUCAUCAUCAGGUCAAAAUUAUAAUUUGUUCAACAUUUUUGGUUUAUGAUAAAAUACCUGCAAAACUAAUAACCUCCGUAUCGGUCUCAGUUGUACUAAGCAAAUGUUAGCAUGCUAACAUGCUGAACUAAGACGAACGUGGUAAACAGCCUUGCAAACUGUUGGCUUGUUGGUUUGUGUAGAGCACACAGAGCUGACCGCAAAGAGGCAACAGGUCGUAAACUGUCACAAACUGCAGUAAAAAACACAUAUUCCAAAUGCGCUGUACACAAAGAAUGCCCCUAAAACCGGAAUAAUACCACCAUAUCCCACGUCUUAAUCAUAAAAUGCUGCAUUUGGAAUAAGGCCUAAUUCGGAAAUCUGCUGUUUACAUGACCCGUAUCUAUUUUGAGAUAUUAGUGUUCAGGUAAAUGUAGUCGGGUGUCUUUUGUGACGCUCCUGUCUGCCGUGUUGUAAACAUGAUGCAUAUGUGAUGGCACUGUGGAUCCACGUGUUAUUUUCAGGAAUCGAUUAGCUGAAUUGAAAAAGCACGCCAAAUAACGAAAAAUGGAUUGAUAAUAAUUUGGUUAACUAGUUCUCGAUGCCUCGCUGAUAACCUGCACUCCAAACUAUUUCUUUUCACUUCUGCCCGCUUUCUGAACAUCUGUCCGUUUUUGUUUUUUGUCUUAUUUUGGGCCCUAACAAAUUACCGACAUACAACUGUGAUCGCUCAGUUGGAAGCUCACAGUUCCACAAGCGGCCAGGGUUUUUAUCAGCCUGUUGUGAGUGAUUAGAGCUACAUGUGUGACAUUACAUCCUAAAAAAAAUAGCAGAGCAACUUCCAGCCCUGCAGGAAGCACAAGCUUCAGGUUUCCUAGCGCCGUGUCGGAGCCGGUGGGAGGGCCUGGAUGCAGCCAGGGCUUCACGUUGACUUUUUGGCUCCUAGUGGUUUCCCAAAGUUACUAUAUAGCCACUCAGCAUUGUCGCUAGCCA